CGCAUGCACUAAGUCCGCAAGUGGUUGCGCGAGACGGUGUGUCGAAAGUACGAGAAGAGCCGUGACGACCGUAUUAGGACUUGAAAACGCAAAACUCUGUAUUUGUAUUUUCGCCAUCGUUCACAAUGGAGUGGAAGCCCAUGGAAGUGAAUCCGGAGAUGUUGAACAAAGUGCUCGCGAAGCUCGGCGUCCGGGACAGCUGGCGAUUCGUUGACGUGCUGGGGCUGGAGGACGAGUCUCUGUCCGCGGUGCCCAGACCGUCCAAAGCCAUGAUGCUGCUCUUCCCGCUCACGCAACAGCAUGAGGCUUUCAGGAAGAAGCAGGCUGCAGAGAUUGCCGGGGACUACAAGGAGAACCCGAACGUGUACUUCAUAAAGCAGACUGUGGUGAACUCCUGCGGCACGGUGGGUCUGCUGCACGCGGCGGCCAACAACAAGGGUGCUCUGGAGUUCGAGGAUGCAUCUGUCUUGAAGAAAUUCCUGGAUGAGACGGCCAGCAUGUCUCCUGAGGAGAGGGCCAAGCAGCUGGAAGGUAACAAGGAAAUCCACGCAGCCCAUGAUGAAGUGGCAGCAGAAGGGCAGUGCAGGGCAGACCAGGGGAAGGUGAACUUCCACUUCAUUACUUUUGUCAAUGUGGAUGGACAGCUGUAUGAACUUGAUGGGAAACUUGAGCAUCCUGUGAAUCAUGGCACUACAACAGAAGCUGCCUUUGUAAUGGAUUCUGCCAAGAUCUGCCGUCAGUUUGUAGAACGUGAGAAGGAUGAGAUGCGCUUCUCAGCAGUGGCACUGUGCAAAGCCUGAGCACAAUCACUGUGGGUGGAGGACCUGACUUCUGCCAUAAUUCCAAUAGCACAUACCUACAGCUCAUAGAUCCACACUUGCCUCAGCUCUGUGUAGAAGUUUCCUGCAAAUGUCCAAUUUUCAUUGGUUGCUGUUGCAGUACAGUUUUUGUUUUUUGGGGGGAUUAUUUUGAGGUGUUCUUCCUGACUUCACAACUUGGAAUGUUUCUUGGUGACUAAAGGGUUACUGUUGAAGGACAUGUUUGAGGUAAUGGCCAUACUACUUUUGCUAAGACCUGGCUCCUUGUUUAAAGGCCCUAGCAUGUAACUUAACUGCACUGCUUGUUGGGGUUGGCCAUAUUCUGUUGUCUUGGACUGUUUUGUGUAGUGCUAUGCAGUUGACUAAUAAACUUGUUUUGCUUA